GUUUCCUCGGGUUCCCUUUCUCUCUCUUCUUUCUCUCUCUUCCCUUAAAAAUAAACCUUUCUUUUUCCUUUAUAAAACCCCCGAAACAUUUCAACCCCCUUUACUCUUCUCCUUCUCCUCAAAAACGCGUUACGUUUACUUUCUCUCUCCAAAUUCAACCCUUUAAUUUUAUUUUUCUUUCAAUUUCCCAUAAGUAAAAUCAAAACCUCCUUUCAAUUUGAUUCUUAAAAAAACACAUUAAUUAUUAUUAUUAGUCUUUUUAAUAAUCUACAAUAAUGAGGUUUUCGUCGGAAAAGAAGAGUGCGAAUUGGGUGACUAAUACACCAUUAAGAGCUCCUCUCAAACCCAUUUACACCGGUGGUGGCCGCAGCAUUGAUGAAGAUCAGAGAGAAAAUACGACGUCGUCUUCAGUGCCGACGACUCCGACUUCAGAAGGUUCUAGAAUCCCCUCGAAGCUUCCAUGUCCGCCGCCGCCUCGAAAGCGGAAACCUUCUUCUUCUAAGCAAUUGAGGUGCAAGAAUAUUAACAAGUUGUGUAGUGGGAAAAGGGAGUUCUUUAUUACUCCUACUGAUUUGGAAGCUGUUUUCAUACGCCGUCAUAAUAUUGGCUGCUAAAUUAGAAAAUCAAGGGGAAAAGGUUUAUUCUUCUUUCUAUUUUCAGAAAGAAUUAGUUUUUAUUUUUAUUUUGAUAUAUUAGUGUGUAAUUUGUGAUGACUUGGUUACGUCAUCACAAGAUGUUAGUAUGAAUUAUCUUAGAUCUUUAAUUAAGUUUAGGUAGUGUAACGUAGUACUACUAGUUUGCAAGGAGUUUAUAUUUUAAUUUGUGUAGUGUGUACAGUAUGACAUCCUAGAUUAAUAAUUAUUGUUACUAAUUAGUACGAAAUACAGAGUACUGUAUAAGUUUUUA